GUGUUGUCAUGGAACGAAACGGAGUGCACAAAAGCUCGCGAGUCCGUUCCUAAUGAUGGCAGCUCCUGACCUUUAAGUUACUUACACUUCCAGAAGCUAGGAAGUAUGCGGACUGUGAGCGCCGUGUGUCUUCUCUUGCUGGUGCAUCACUCCUCCUCGUGGACUCCCGGUGAAGUCCAAAUCGAUGGAGAACCUUCCGGGGUGAUGCGCAGCAAUGGAGAACCUCCCGACGGCCACUGCACGAAUCGUUCCAGCGCGACGCGUGCCAAUCCUUCCAGCGCGAAGCGCAAGAUUGGCUCAUUCCCGCCGCCGACCAUCUACUUGGCGACGGCGACGGAUAGGCACCAGUACGUCGGUCUGCUUGCUCUUCUGCGCUCUCUCUGGAGGCAUGUUCCAGUGCAAAACAAGGUGCAUACUUACCUUACAAGAAGUACGAGACUCAGUUUAUCACCGUCAGGUUGAGCUACAUAUAUUCGUUGCAAGCCGUGAUGUAGACUGCGCCGCGAAGCUGAUGAAGUGUGCAGAAAGCAUUAGCCCCAGCGCUGAGGAAAUGAGGAGCGGGGUGUUGAUCGCUGGGCACGCAGAUCAAGAGAUAAAUCAGUGGAGACGAAGAGUCGUGCUUCAUGGUGUGUCCCGGCCUAAUGUGGCAGGGGGUCGAAAAGGUGACGAGGUAGCAAAGGAUCGAAACAAAUUGUGAGGGCCAACGCAACACUUGCAUGUGCCAUUCAGGUGUUCUUCAACUUCAUUCGAUUUCAUUUGCCUCGAUUACUCCCUCCGCCCAUCGAGCGCGCCAUCUGGCUUGACGCGGACACCAUCAUUCAGGUAGCGUUGAAGCCGUCAAGCCACAGCCGUAUGCUAUGCCUGUCAUGCCUGUCAGGGCGAUAUUUCUGAGCUGUACUUCGACGCUUUCCGUCAAACUCGGUAUCAAGGCCAGGAGGCCGGCCUUGCUGUGGUCCCUCGACGCUUCUCUCGUCACUUCAAACUCAGGUAAAGUCUUAUAUAUUUGGCGGCUGUGAAAAGUUUUAUAUUUGGCGCUUGCAGGGAAGCGGUGGGAAUCGGUGACUUCCGCAAAUUGCGGAAGCACAUCUACGUGCCUGCUGACCUGCAAAUGUUCAACGCUGGGGUGCUUGUUUUUAAUCUCACUAUGUGGAGGCGUAACAAACUCGAUGAGAAAGCAGAGGUAUUCGCCACAGAAAAAAGAGAGACACGUUCGCAAGUGGGUGAUUCUUGCAUGGGUGCAGGGACUGAUUCGUCUCCUUCACAGUCUGAACAUUACGAGAUUUAGCCGCAUGUCGACAACACAAAGCAGCCAGCUGCCAAUGAAUCUUCUGUUUUUGAACAGAAAUGUAGGUCUGUGACGCAGAACGACUGGGACGCAGACUUUCUUCGUAUUCAUCGAUGCAGCUGGGUUUUCUCGACCGAAAGUGGAAUUUCAUGAACCUGGCUGCCAGCAAAGAGGAGAUAUCAAGGUACAAGAAAGGCGUAUCAUGCGUUGGGAAAAAGGAAUAAACAUCAUGGCCUGUGUCUAGGGGCAAGAUCCUUCACUGGGCAGGCAUAAAACCAUGGAUUGCAGCUGGCCGUCAUCGCGAGUGGUGGCUCUCAUAUCACUCUUCACAUUGCUGCCCCGCGAUGAACCAGUUUAUUCAUUACCCAUACAUGACGCCUCAGGCAAGUAUGAAGACACAGGCGGCCGCGUGCGGAUGUUGAAUCAAGAUACGGACGAGACAUAAUGGAUGGAUACACUAUAUUGGAAGAUAAGCCAGAAAGACAUGAAAAAUCGCAAAAUCGCGAAGUCGAGGCCCGAAGGGCCGAGCCGAGCAAGGAGUAGCCACAGUUUGACCCAAAGGCGGAGCGAACGUGCCUAGAGCGCCGACGGCAGGUCAGUCAAUCUGAGUGAUUCAUGGGUGAUGGAGCGAGGGAUGCGGCCGUGAGGCGGCCUAAUCAGGUGAGUGACCUGCCUAUUACUCAAAAUCCCCCACCGCUUCCCUGAUACGUGGUGGUGGUGGUAGUGUAAGAUUUGAUACGUUGUCACAAAUCGACAUCACCACCAUGAGCACCAGACGUGUGCCAUCCGCCAGGGGUAGAUGGAUGCGUCGGUGACUGUGAGGCAUGGACCAAAUGAGACACACGUGAAUGAAUCAAUAUCACCCGA